AUGUUGAGAACGUUGAAUGGAAUGAGCAUUCGUUACGAAAUCGCUGGUGAAANGUUAUCAGCCACACAGGAGGACUUAAAUGAUUUUUUUACGGAUUUGAAAGAUAACGGUAUCAUCUCAGGGCAUUCAUUCAUUGCGCAUGAUCAGCAUGGAGAACUUGUUGGCAUUUGUUUGAAUAGUGUCUAUGAAACGGGCACUUCUUGUGCGGUGUGUGUGCCUGAUUUUGAUCCAAUGAAAGACUACAAACAAGAGAUCGAAAAUGGUUCGUAUAAAAGUUUGAACGCAAAUCGUAUCGCCACUUACGUGAGUGAACUCGAUAAGGAUAUCAAAUUGUUUGCACCAUACGCGAGGCGAAUCUUCAAAAUCGACGUUAUUUGUGUAUCACCGAAUUAUGCAAGACAUGGUAUUGGGAGUUGCCUAUUGCAAAGGUCCAUUGAAGAAGCGCUGGAUGCAAAAUGCAACUGUAUCGCGUCUGUGGCCACUGCAAAGGCAUCGCAGGAACUUUUCUUUAAAGUUUGCACAUUUUUUUGUGUUCCUACAUUUUAUGUCACAUAUUUUUUGAGGAAACCUUUCAUUAUGUUUGUUAGUUUCUACAGAUUCUAG